AUGAAGCCCCUCCCAACCCGCUCCGGCCCCAAGGAAAUGAAUAACAACCCGACUGACGCCAACCGCUCCCUGGCCAUGGCUCUCGAGGAGGCUAUCACCUUGACGACCCAGAUAUCCGCACGCGAACCGGUCUCCCUUUCCCGCAUCACCAAGCUCACCUUCCGCAACGCCGCACCCUCUGAACCAGGACCCCCGGAGGCUCCGCCGUCCCCACAAUUACCCAUCAACAGGAAGCCAUUCCAUACCAUGCCGCACAACGUCUACACGCAGCUCGACCAGCUUAUCAUCCAGGUCUGCUUCACACGCAACGGCAUCAUGGACGCAAGCGCGGCGGCCACCAUGAAGCUCACAAAGUUCUAUCUUGCCGCCAAGACGGCGGCUCAGGAUAAUAGAGAUAUAGUGUGGGCGAAGGAACUGCAGUCGGAGGUUGCGGUGAUGAACGGAAUGGUGAAUGAGGAUAGCAUGGCACUGGAUAGACUAGAGAGGAUGAGGGAGAGGCUGCUACAGAGGUGGAAGGCGGUGACGGAGAAGGAAUGUGCGGCGGAGCCGGACGUGUGGGCGCAAGAUUUGAAUGAGGGUGCGCUGAGGGAACCAUUUGGGAUGGAGUAA